AUGAAGAGACUGCAGCUUCAACGAUGGAGCAGCUCAGUCCUUGCGCCACGGGCUCGGACUGUUAACCGUCUGCAUCAACACAUCUAUGGGCAACGAUACCAAUCGACCGUUACCCCGAUCCAGGCUCAGGAAGAUCAGACUGCAGCAAUUUUUGAGGAAUCAGCAGCUUUCGAUGAGCAAUUGGCUCGAAUUGUCAAGGAAUCUCACACUCGCCACGAGCAACUUCAAUAUCCCUCUCCCCCAGUCGAAGCGGCUCAACAGUCUGCAAAACUUGCCGCUCUCCACGCUCGACUCUACCUUCCCUCCAGAUUACCUAUUCAGACCCUUGCACGGACACUAGUCGAUGAAUCCGCAGACCCGAACCCGAAUUUCAACAACGCAUCGCUGGCAACUCUGGGUCAUGACCUCCUUUCCUACUACGCAACCGAGCACCUUAUUUGCACCUAUCCCCGUCUGCCCCUGACCGUGAUCUUCGCCGCCAUGUACGCAUACGCUGGACCUAAGACCCUCGCCGCGAUGGCAAGGGAAUGGGGUGUUGAGCUGGCCGCGUUGCCAGGUGGAGAGGUUGACCCUGGCCUGCUGCAGUUCCGGAGACUUGAGCCUGGUGCUGAGGUUCCCUCGGGCUCAAGCAGUGGAGCUGCUCGUCCAUAUGAAUCACAGAAGAACUGGAGGAAAACAGUUACUUCUAAGAUCUUCUAUGAUGAUGAAUUUGGUGACCCACUCAAGGGGAACAAGCAAUCCGCUGCGGGUGUCACUACCGAACAUGCCAGCGCUGAGUUUGUUCGUGCGGUUAUGGGCUCUAUCUACCUGCACGCUGGCCGCGCUGCUGCCAAGCGAUUCUUCGAGCAGCACUUCCUUUCACGACACCUCAACAUCUCAGAACUGUUCAACUUCCAGGCACCAGCCCGUGAUUUGACUCGGUUGUGUGCCCGCGAGAGCUUCGAGCGCCCCGUUGCUAAGGUUAUCAGUGAGACAGGUCGUAAGAGCAGACACCCCGUCUUCGUGGUAGGUAUCUUCUCUGGUCAGGACAAGCUCGGGGAGGGCGCUGGCGCCAGUCUGAUUGAGGCCCGCGAGCGUGCUGCUGUCGCAGCGCUUAAGGGUUGGUACCUCUACAGCCCGCUUACUGUGCGUGUUCCUAGUGCGAUGGAGGAGCCAUCGGCUGCACCGUGGAAACCGGUUCAUGUCGACCUGGGCGAGGUCAUCGUUUAA